AUGCUACAGGGCGCCCGACGAACAAUCAUGAACUUUCCUUUUGCGUAUUUAGGCAGAAGUAGGACGCGAAGCAUCGGGUUCCUGUUUCGCUGCCUAAUCCGGAGGCUCCAGUUUCCGCGGCUGCUUCUCUUGGGUGUUACCUGCCACGCCGUCGUCUGCUCCUUAUGGCGACCUGGCCUUGCAGGAAGUGCCAGCCUUUUGCAUCUUUACAGUAACAAGUCAAACCCCGAGCAGGGCUAUUGUAUAAGAGAAGUUAGAUUAGCCUCGUCUCUCGACUUCUGGACGCUCUCCUCUGAAAACCUUAUAGCUGUGUUGCCAAUUGAUCCUGUUAAAGAAAAUUAUGUGCGUAAAGUGAAAAACUGUGUUUUUUCAAUUGCCUACCCCACUCCUUUCAAAUCAAGAGUACAUCUUGUAGCAGUUUCAAAGCAAGUGCUAGAAGAUAUUUUGGACCUUGAUUUAUCUGUCUCAGAAACAGAUGAUUUUAUCCAGCUUGUAAGUGGCGAAAAGAUAGUACUUGGAUCCAUUCCACUGGCUCACAGAUAUGGGGGCCACCAGUUUGGGAUAUGGGCAGAUCAGCUCGGGGAUGGAAGAGCCCAUCUUAUUGGAAUUUACAUGAACAGGCAGGGUGAAAAGUGGGAGCUCCAAUUAAAAGGCUCAGGAAAAACCCCAUACUCCCGAAGUGGCGACGGCAGAGCUGUGCUUCGUUCCUCCAUGAGAGAAUUUUUGUGUAGUGAGGCUAUGUACUAUCUCAGAAUUCCCACUAGCAGAGCUGCAAGUCUGGUUGUAAGUGAUGAUGCAGUAUGGAGAGAUCAGUUCUACAAUGGAAACGUUGUGAAAGAACGAGGUGCAGUAGUGCUGCGUGUUGCAAAAUCAUGGUUUAGAAUUGGAUCGUUAGAAAUUUUGGCUCAUUAUGGUGAACUGGAUUUACUAAGGAUGUUAUUAGACUUCAUCAUACAGGAACACUUCCCCUCAGUAGAUGUCAAGGAACCUAACAGAUAUUUGGGUUUUUUUUCUACUGCGGUGUCUGAGACGGCACAGCUUAUUGCCUUGUGGAUGUCUGUUGGUUUUGCUCAUGGUGUUUGUAAUACUGAUAACUUCAGUUUGUUAUCCAUUACAAUUGACUAUGGUCCAUUUGGUUUUAUGGAGGCCUAUAAUCCAGAUUUUGUACCAAACACAUCUGAUGAUGAAAGAAGAUAUAAAAUAGGAAAUCAGGCUAAUAUUGGAAUGUUUAAUUUAAACAAGUUGUUACAAGCUCUAAACCCAUUACUGGAUCCUAGGCAAAAGCAACUUGCUGCUCAGAUUCUUGAGGGGUAUCCCAUUCUUUAUGAUACAAGAUUUAGAGAAUUGUUCAAAGCCAAAUUGGGAUUACUUGGAAAAAGCAAGGGUGAUGAUGAUUUAAUUGCAUUUCUCUUACAUCUCAUGGAAAAGACGGAAGCUGACUUUACAAUGACAUUUCGGCAGCUCAGUGAGAUCACUCAAAGCCAGUUACAGGAGCUCAGCAUUCCUCAGCAAUUCUGGGCACUGAAAAUGAUCUCAAAGCACAAACUCUUUCCUGCCUGGGUGUCCCAGUACCUUUUGAGACUGAAGAGUAACAUGAAUGAUUCAGAUUCUGAAAGAAGAAAAAGAAUGACAACUGUUAAUCCUAGAUACGUGCUGAAGAACUGGAUGGCAGAAUCCGCAGUGCAAAAAGCAGAAAGGAACGAUUUUUCAGAGGUCCAUCUCCUCCAGCAAGUUCUUCGCCGUCCUUUCCAGAAGCAUUCUGCAGCAGAGACAGCAGGCUAUUCCUCACCUACUCCUUCCUGGGCCAAAGAUCUCAGGGUUAGCUGCUCAUCUUAA